CCGAUUGACGGGGCAGGAUCGAGGCUCACGGAUACCGGGAACCUCAACGGAAGAGUCGCGCCGAACUUACCCUCCAGACCGCACAAGUCGUCGAAAGUUUCGGCUCACGAUGCCAACCUGGUACACACGCUUCGGAAGUUUUUCUUCCCCAAGCGAGGUUCGGUUGGGAACGCCAAAUGGUACCAAUCGAUGGGAGAUAACGGGGAAGGCGAAGAUUCAUCGAUAUGGAAACGAGGUGCUUCUUUCGACACGGAGACUCAGAUCAAGGCAUCAUUCAUGAUUCAUCCCGACAGCCCCCUGAGAAUCAACUGGGACAUAUUCAUGCUCGUUCUACUGCUGAUCAACAUGAUCGUCAUACCACUGGAUGUAGCGUUCUUCGCCUCUCGGCAAGACACAUUCUGGGUGGUGUUCAACAUUUUCACCGAUCUAGCCUUCGUGUUAGACAUCGUACUCAACUUCAGAACUGGAUUCUUCACAAGCUCUGAGACUCGAGAUCUGAACCUCGACCCGAAAGCAGUCGCGAAACGGUACUUGAGAAAAUGGUUCUUCUUUGACCUGAUUUCGGCCAUUCCCUGCGAUUUGAUCAUUGGGAUUUUUCUGAACGACCAGGGCCAGAACCUCCAGCCAACACUCAAACUCGUGCACAUGUUGAAGCUCAUAAAUUUGGUGAAACUUCUCCGUUUCUCGCGUCUCAUCGGUUAUUGGCAUGGAUUACAAGAGAAUUACUUUCUUCACUCGUCAGGCGUUUACGUGCGGAUCUUCAACCUUGGCAUGUUGAUGCUAUGUGUUUGUCAUUGGAACGCUUGCCUGCAGUUUUUCGUUUGUUUCGCUCUCGGAUUCCCCGAGAAGUCUUGGGUCAACAAACAUCACCUGGAGGAGGCAUCUUGGUUCGACCAGUAUAUAUGGGCGAUGUUCAACGCUUUCUCUCAAAUGUUGAGUAUUGGAUACGGUCAGUUCAACCCGGAAAUCGCCUCCGACAUGUUCCUGACGAUGUUCGGGAUGAUCAUAGGGGCAACUUGUUACGCUUUGCUUCUGGGGAACAUCGCGUCCUUAAUUCAAAACCUCGACUUCUCUACACGUCUCCGCAUGCAACAGAUGCGUGAGGUGGAAGACUACUUGAGCUAUCGUGAAGUUCCCGAAGCCCUGCGGCAGAAAAUCCGCGACUAUUUCGAGCGGAGAUUCCGCGGGAAAGUAUUCGAUGAAGACCACAUUCUGAAUUCCCUGUCUGAGCCCCUGAGAGAGCUGGUCACAAGGCACAACUGCCAAACGGCUCUGCGAUCAGUGCCGCUAUUCUCUUCAGUGGUGGACGAGCUAUUUCUCUCCGAUCUAGUUCGCGUGCUCAAGUACGAGUUUUUCCAGCCGUCCGAUCUCAUUAUCAAGCGAGGCACCGUGGGGACGAAAAUGUACUUCCUUCAAAGUGGCAGAGUUCAUAUUCUAUCUGACGACGGACCCUUGUGGCUUCGAGAGGGAUCCUACUUCGGAGAAAUGUGUCUCCUAACCCAGUGCGAACGAAAAGCGUCGGUAAAAGCUGAAACUUACUGCUCAGCCUUCUCGCUCUCUAUGGAGAACUUCAACGAAGUACUCGAUCGGCAUCCAUCGAUAAAAGCCGCCAUCCAGAAGAUUGUAGAGGAUAGUCUUAGCAUAACAAUCAACUAGUUCUCACUUCACACAGCAUCGAGAUUAUCAUUCUAUAUCGUAUUGUGAAGAGAGGAUAAUCGACACGUGUGAACGUCG